ACCAGAGAAAUUGGCUCUGCUUUAACCAGAAUGUGCAUGCGACAUCGAAGCAUUGAGUCCAAGCUCAGGCAGUUUUCAAGUGCUUUAAUUGACUGUCUGAUAAACCCACUUCAAGAGCAGAUGGAAGAAUGGAAGAAAGUGGCCAAUCAACUGGAUAAAGACCAUGCAAAAGGGAGAGGAGACAUCCAACCUCAGCUGGACAGUGCCCUGCAGGACGUGAACGAUAAAUAUCUUCUCCUUGAAGAAACGGAAAAACAGGCUGUUAGAAAAGCACUGAUUGAAGAACGUGGCCGAUUCUGUUCAUUUAUUUCUAUGCUGCGUCCUGUAAUUGAAGAAGAAAUAUCAAUGCUGGGAGAAAUAACUCAUCUACAGACCAUAUCGGAAGAUCUGAAAAGCCUCACCAUGGACCCACACAAGCUGCCAUCAUCAAGUGAACAGGUAAUUCUCGAUUUGAAAGGUUCCGACUACGGCUGGUCCUAUCAGACUCCUCCUUCUUCUCCUAGCACCACCAUGUCCAGAAAAUCCAGCGUGUGCAGCAGAAUUCGUCCAGCUCUGCCUCUUCUGAAGCCUCUGAGACCUGCCAGUCAGUGAGUGAGUGCAGCUCCCCCACCUCUGUCAGUUCAGGCUCCACCAUGGCGGCUUGGGCCUCCACAGAAAAGUUGUCUAAUGGGUAUUAUCACUGUAGUUUACCCAGUGGCUCAUCUUUAGCCCCAGUUGGUGUGGGUUCUUUCCCUCAUAUUCCGUCUGUCUCUCACGCAUGGACCCGGGCCACCUCCUCCACCCUCCUUCCAGACUACGCUCAUUAUUACACCAUUGGGCCAGGCAUGUUACCAUCACCUCAGAUUCCUAGUUGGAAGGAGUUUCAGAUUACGACUACUUUUCGGUGAGUGGCGAUCAAGACACCGAGCAGCAAGAAUUCGACAAGUCUUCAACUAUUCCAAGGAACAGCGACAUCAGCCAGUCUUACCGUCGCAUGUUCCAUGCCAAGCGUCCUGCUUCCACGGCGGGCCUCCCGACCACCCUUGGCCCUGUGAUCGUCACACCGGGUGUGGCCACCAUCCGGCGGACGCCUUCCACCAAACCAGCGGUAAGGCGCGGGACCAUUGGCGCGGGACCAAUUCCCAUUAAGACCCCCGUGAUUCCCGUUAAGACUCCAUCUGUGCCAGACGUGCCGGCGGGGCUCCCUGGUUUCCCGAGUGGGGCAGAAGAAAGCUCCGAGCAAAGUCCCGAGGCUGGAGGGGGCAGCACCCCUACUGUAUGUACCUCCUCGUGGAGUGGGCAAGCAACAGCCAGCCUUCCCCCCGUCGGUCAGAAACCGAGCAGCAUAGAGGAUCAGAGACCGUUGGCGGCUGAAAACGAGGGAGAGGAGAAUGAAAGAGAAGACGUCAGCAUCACUGCUCCCCCAUGCCAACCCACUGUGCCCCAUACAGGCGGGCAGAACCCGGCGGAGGCCCCGCAGGGAGAAGACAUGCUGAAUGCUAUCCGCAGGGGCGUUAAGCUGAGGAAGACCACCACGAACGAUCGCUCAGCACCCCGUAUUUCCUAGAUGCUGAAUCACUGCCCAAGUUGAGUGAAAAAAGAGACGGACCUUACCUGAUGCUAUCAUCUUUGUGUCUUGGUCCAUUAUUGUACAAUCAAGAUUUUUCUAGGAGAGACAGCUGGCAGUGGUCUCUAAAAAUGGGAGGGGAGGUUAGAAUUGGCCAGGUUGAAAUGCUUAAAGGAACAUCUUCCUGACUAUUGAUUAUUAUUAUUAUUAUUUUUCUUUGUAAAGCUGGCUGAUUAUAUUUUCCCCUGCACAUUUUCUAAUUCUCUCAGUUCCUCCUCCCCCACCCCCCCAUCCCCUAAGGUGCCAAAAUCCCAUUUAACCUUUUAAUAACUCUUUGUAAAGUGUAUUCAUUCACAAAAGGAUGGUUAUAAGAAAUGUCAAGUAGUUAAAAUUUUAGCAAGGGCAAGUGGGGGCGGGGGGAGGGGGGUGUUGGCCGGUGGUAAUGCAGUUCUCCCUCUUGGGCGGUUUUCGUAGAGCACCUUGUCAAGUCAUAGUGGGAGUCUCAAACCGGUGUUUGUUUUCUUGUACAAAGUUCCUAGCAAGAACACACCUCCUUAACUGAAAUAACAGCGGGCUGUUCUCCUGCCCCAAAAGCAGGAAACGGAAGCUGAUUAAAGCAAUAUAUAUAUAACAAGAAAAGAGAGAGAGAGAGAGAGAGAACGGCUGUAUUUGGUUAAUUUUUAGGGAUUAGGAAGGGAGGAGUUUAAUUUCUUGCACAAAAAUGUAGCCUAGCAGGUAGUUUCAUUGUAAAUGCAUCCAAAUAAGCCAUAAUGAAUUAACAGUGUUCAUUUUAAGUAAGGUUUUUCAAAAGACUUCUGGAUACUCCCUGCUAGCUAUUUUUUCCUAUGUUGGCCUUGCAAAAAAGGACCAUGUUAAGAUUUCUUGCCUCUGUAAAACCAAUAUGCGGUAUGCUUUCAUUUCCGGUCAUCGUAAAACCUCGUUAAUCUGUUUUGUACCAUCCUGGCAACAGGCUUAAAUUUUACAUAUUCCUCUCUUCACUUUGUUGUUCCUUGAAAGAAGUAAAAAGAACACAACAUAUAAAGCAAGACACGGUGAAGGCAGGAGGGUGUCUACUUGGUUAGAAAAAAUAAUAAUAAAGAGCAAAAAAAAAAAUUAAAAGAAAACCAGGGAGCUCUGAAUUAUAACUUUAUACCUUUUACUGGCUGUGCCCAGCAGGCUGGGUAGCCAAAUAAAUGGAAAAAACCUUUUCCCCAAGGACUUUUGACAAAACAACUCAUAGAUGAACGGGCAAGUAACUGGGAACUCCAGUAAAACUGCAAAUGUUACUUUUAAGUGGAGGAGGGGGGGUGUUUUUCCAAAACAGCAGUUUGGGUACAAAAUCUGGGGAUCGGGAAGGGACGGGAACAUUCUAGGUUUUAUUUAUUAUAGCGGGAGGGACAUUCACAACUGAUUUCCUUUUUAUUCCACUCAAUUAUUGGGGAGGGGGGGGAGCACCGCUGAUAAAUUUAUAAGAUUUCCUUUUCUUAAUAUGAACAUUGCCGUGGUAUUUUCCGUUUCAUGGGGUCAGUAGAAAUGUGCAUAACUCAGGCACCCCCCCCUUCCCUCCCUCCCAGUGUUUUCAGUUUUGUGGCUUUCUGUUUUUUCAUUUUUUUAAAAAAAGCAUUCUGCAGUCCAACUGGAUACCGUCUGCCUUAUUUCUACAUGGGCGAUGCUAGCAGAAUUCUUGACUUCAGAGGGAUGUGUUUGUGGCCGCAGCGAUGCGCCCCCACUCAUCGUGGAAGGAGCUGGGUUGUGAGUGCACGCAAAACACACACAAUCUCUUCCACCACUGGACACUCGGGAGAUUCGUAUUGGCUGCCAUCUUGCCUACGUAAACAACUUCUUAUGCUUUAAAAUACAUAACUGCAUUGGAUGUGAGUUGUAUCGUAAACCUGUUUAUAGUCACUGUGUUCUGUAUACAUUUACACAGCUGUGGUUGCUUAACACUUUUUCAUUAUGGCAUCGGAAGCGAAAAGUGCAAAAACGAAAAAAAAAAA